UUGACACUUCUCCCCAUGAUAUCCAUCUUCUGUGCUUGCACGGCUCGCCACUCGGAAAGAGGCGACCACGCGUCUCCGCCCCCACCAUGGAUCCGCAGGAGGAUGGCUUCUUCUACUCACACCAUGGCGCGUGCCAUGCCGAUUCCAGUCAAGGGACGGAAUGUAAAGCCCAGAGUUCGAUUACCGCUCGCAAGGUUCACAAGGCUGACUGUGAGAGAAUGCGACGAGACAAAUUGAAUGAGCAGUUCAUGGAAUUGGGAACCACACUUGACCCAGAUCGGCCCAGGCAUGAUAAGGCUACUAUUCUUGGUGAUACAGUUCAGAUGCUCAAGGAUUUGACUUCUCAAGUAAACAAGCUUAAAGCUGAAUACUCUUCUCUCUUUGAAGAAGAAUGUGAGUUGACUAAAGAAAAAAAUGAGCUUCGGAGUGAAAAAGCUUCGCUGAAGUCUGAUGUUGAUAAUUUGAACAACCACUAUCAGCAACGUAUUCAAAUGUUAUACCCGUGCACUACAAUGGAGCCUUCUGUACUCAUUGGGCCACCUCCAUCAUAUCCCUUCUCGCUCCAAGUUCCUAUACCCGCUGGUGCUGUAACUAUGCAUCCACAGCUUCAGCCAUGCCCCUUCUUCCAAAAUCAAACUUUAGGAGCCAUCUCGAAUCCAUGUACUCCUUACAUGGCAUAUAGUCAAUCCUGUCAUGCUCCUAGUGAUCAACCAUCUAGCCAGUUCAGUACUCCAGUUCUGCUUUCAAGUAGUAAUCGAUCCCACUCUCCUGCACAAGGCUGUAGAAGCAAGUCACCUUCACUUCAGCAAGCAAGCUGUGGAGGGAGAAAUGAUGAUUUUGGUGAUGUUGCAACUGACUUGGAACUAAAAACUACUGGUUCCUCAGCUCCUUCACAUUCAGAGAUCACUAACAAGAUAUCUGUAGCCAUAUGGGCUAUGUUCGCACACGAAAACGUCACCGUGUACCGUCGACGCCGGGAAUGAUGCACCGCAGCUCACGUCGAAGGAGACCCAGCCGGAAGCGCGGUACGCAAGCAGUUCGAGGGCGCUUUUGUACACCCGAAACCCCACACGCCCGGAGAGACCCCGUCAGGGCGCGCGGCGGCUAUGGGCUGCCCUAGGUCGACCUGAUCGCCCCUAGGGCCUCGUGGAUCGUUGCCCUCCUUCACGAAGAACGAGGAAGAAAAAGAACAAGGGAGAGAGAUAAAAGUAAAGAUAAAAGAUGAUAGAUUGAUUUGUUCGAUUGUGUGUUGUUUAAGAUUGUGUGUUGUUUAAUCGGUCGUCAUCUCUUGUCUAUGUAACAUGCGGAUGGACUUCCCGUACAAGAAAAUGACUUGUCUUGCAGUCCAAAUGAUCAAAAUCUAACCAAAUUCGGACUUCUCACGACCUUCGGCCCGGAUGAUCCGGCCAAGCUCAGUUUUCUGACAGUAGGUCACUACUCGGGCUGUAACUUUUUCAUAUGAAUUCGGAUUAAGAUGAUUUUUAUAUCAAAAUCAACCAUUUCGAUGAGA